GAAUAAAAAACCAAAUGACUUUCGGGUAACCAACGAUACGACGUUUACCAUUUCAUGUUGUAUUUUUAAAUCAAAAACAACAAAAUCCGUUUGGUGUCGUCGUUAGUCUGGUCUAAAUUUGCAAUUGUAAAAUGUGUAAAGUGUAACAACUGAUGAAAAUGUCGGUUAUAUUAGCGGGUUUGCGUAGGAAAUAUCACAUUACCUUUAGAUACGUUGUGCGUACGUUAGGGGGAGUACGAAAUUUCAGUGCCGAAGGGACUGGGCAAUGUGACGAUAAGAAAGGUCUAAUUGUCGGCGUAUACCAUAACGAAGAAACCGCGGAACCAUGUUUUACCCCAUCGGGACAAAAAUACAAUGAUAAACUUAAUGGGAAACUCUUCGAUCUCGUUAAAGCUGCUGGUGGUGAAAUAAGACGCGGUGGAGCUCGUGUUUUCAACAACAUCGACAAUGAAUUUUGGUCGGUUGCCGUCGUUGGAUUGGGCAAUGAAAAACUCGGUUAUAACGAGCAGGAAGCAAUUGAUGAGGGUCUUGAAGCGACCCGUGUCGCCGCUGGUAUCGGAGCCCAACGUUUGUUAAGUGAAGGCGUCAAACGGAUCAUGAUUGAAGGUCUCGGACAUCCGGAACAAGCGGCCGAGGGUAGUGCGCUCGCUUUGUGGCGAUACCAAGAUAAUAAAUCGCGAGAUCAAUGGAUUCAAAUUCCAACGUUGGAGCUGUUUGAUGAACCCGACGCCGAAUCUUUUCAAAGGGGCCUCUUUAAAGCGGAAUGUCAAAAUUUAGCGAGGAGAUUAAGCGACACCCCCGCUAAUCAAAUGACUCCGUUACAUUUUGCUCAGGAAGCUGUUAAUGAGUUGUGUCCUUGUGGUAUUAAAGUUGAAGUUCACGAUAGGGAUUGGAUUGAAAUGAAAAAGAUGGCUGCGUUUAUGGCGGUAGCACGUGGAUCGUGCGAACCUCCUAUUUUUUUAGAAAUCAGUUAUUGCGGUGGACCCCCGGAUCAAAAACCUUUCUUGAUAGUCGGAAAGGGAAUCACCUUUGACAGUGGUGGUCUCUGUAUCAAAACGUGCGCAGGAAUGGAUAUUUACAGAGCGGAUAUGUGUGGAGCUGCCUGUAUUGUAGGGGCGAUUAGAGCUGCCGCCGCUUUAAGUUUACCGAUUAAUAUUAAUUGUUGUAUACCGUUGUGCGAAAAUAUGCCCAGUGGUAUGGCGAUGAAAUGUGGCGAUUUGGUGAUGGGACUUAAUGGAAAGAGCAUUAUGAUUGAGGACACCGAUAAUGAGGGGCGAUUAAUUAUGGCGGAUGCCCUCGUUUAUGGGCAAUCCCAGUACAAGCCGAGAUUAAUUAUUGAUUUGGCCAGCUUAACACCCGGUAUUCGUUCGGCUUUGGGGGCUUCAGCUUCCGGCGUUUUUUGUAAUUCUCAAACUAUGUGGUCACAAGUAAGAAAAGCUGGAGUAAUAACCGGCGACAGAGUAUGGAGAAUGCCUUUAUGGAAAUUUUACACAAGAAAAGUAACCGAUUAUCACUCGCACGAUGUAAAUAAUCGAGGAUGGGGUUACGGUGAUCCAUGUUUGGGAGCGGCGUUUUUGAAUGAAUUUGUAAAUUGUGUCGAUUGGAUUCACUUUGAUAUAACUGGUGUCGGGAUGUUGUGCCAUGAAAAAGUUUAUCCUUAUUUGACGUCUGGUAGGAUGACGGGAAGACCGACGAGGACGUUAAUUCAACUGUUGUAUCAACUGGCGUGUCCUCAACCAGAAAAAUAAAAUUGGAGGCUCGCUUUAAAAACAAAAAAAAUAACUGUUAGUUGAGUAUCGUGUGCGCCUGGCUCUGACUUGUUCUUUUACAAUAACGUCUAAAACAAUUUAACGCAAGCCCUUCAAUAACAAAUAAUUUUGCUAUCUAUCUAUUUAUCUCUACUCAUCAUCUAUUAAAAUUUUACACAUUCCAAAAUACAGCAUCGCCACUAAGUUACCUCUCAAUCUUUUCUUUUUCGGUCAGUCUCCUUUCCGUUCAGUGAAACACGUAAAACAAGCAGUGAAUUUUUAAUACUUUAAUAUUUUUUUUAGGUCUUUUUGAUUGUUUCUCAAUCUUUAAAUUCCCAAGUUUGAAUUUAACAAUAAUUUUUUAUUACCUUUUUUCUUUUGUGGGUUCUUUUUUUUUGCAAGUGCACGAGUGAUUGUAAGUGGGAGACUUGAAAAAACAGGCAGACUGGUCACCUGCCAAGUUUAAACCGGUUCUAACCUCAUCUUUGGGGCGGCCUGUUUAAAUUCUUAAAUCUUCUCAGCGAACAUUAUCAAUUUACAAUAUUCCUAUAAUAGUUUUUUUUUCUCUUUUUCUCUCUGAACUGGAUUGCAAUAAGUACGGUACGAAACAGCCUGUACUAUUAUUAAUUUUUAAUAUAAAUUUCCUUUUUUUCAAUUCGGCCCAUUUAAUAUAAUUUUCCUGUUGAAAAUUAAUUAUUUUUGGCUCCGCGUUUUGCUUCUCUCUGAAACCCGUUCCCUUUUCUCUUCCGUACCCCACGCACUUUAUUACAAUACCUUUACACAUUUUACACAUGAUGUCUUAGUUUUUUUUAUAUCUAUACCGUCGAGCUAAUAUGUUUUAUUGGGCUAACGGGAAAAUUGGAUGUUUUUUUUAAUUUUUUUUUUACAUAAUACAUAUAUUAUUAUGAUUUAUUAUAAAACAAAAUGAUGCUAAAAUAGAUGGUGAAGCAGUAUAA